AUGGCCAUUAUUUCAGGAUUAUUCUUGUAUGCUACGACUCUUCUCGUGUUAGGAUUAGCUUUUCUGUCCAGUGCAGCGAAAGUCCACUGUGAUAUUGGUGUUGGUGGCCGUCGUGACCUUGCUGAAGCCACUAAAGCAUCUGGUAUUAAGGUUUUUGAUAUCACAAAAUAUGGUGCUAAGGGAGAUGAUAAGACUGACUGCACAAUGGCAUUCAUGAAGGCCUGGAAUGAGGCAUGCAGAACCGAUACUGGUCCCGCAAAAAUUCUUGUGCCCAAAGGGACUUUUAUGACUGCACCCGUCAUAUUUCAAGGGCCCUGCAAAAGCAACGAGCCUAUAAUUUUUGAAGUUCAAGGGACUGUAAAAGCAACAAAUGAUUUGAGUCAAUAUUCUGAGGAUACUUGGUUCUUAUUUGAAAAAAUUAUUGGUGUGGUUCUCAUCGGUGGAGGAAUCUUUGAUGGACAAGGUCCUUCUGUUUGGAAGUAUAAUGACUGUAAGAAAAAUAAAGAUUGUACCAAACUUCCUAGUUCAAUCAAGUUCCAACGUGUAACCAAUGCAGUUGUUUCCGAUAUCACUUCCGUCAAUAGCAAAUUUUUCCACUACCAUGUCACAGACUGCACUAACUUUACAGCCAACAAUCUCAAGAUAGUCGCUCCUGAUGAUAGCCCUAACACCGACGGGAUGCAUAUUAGCGACACUAAUGGUGUCAAAGUAACCAAAAGCACCAUUGGAACCGGUGAUGAUUGCAUUUCCAUUGGACAAGGAGUCACUAAUGCUACCAUCUCCGAAGUCUUUUGUGGCCCAGGACACGGCCUUAGUAUUGGUAGCCUUGGCAAGUAUGAAGAUGAAGCAGAUGUUAAAGGAAUUAUGGUGAUUAAUUGUACACUAUUUAACACAACAAAUGGUGUGAGGAUCAAAACUUGGGCUGCCUCUCCCCCAAGCGCAGCUUCAAACAUUACUUUCCAAGAUAUUAUUAUGAAAUCUGUCAAGAAUCCUAUCAUCAUUGAUCAGAAGUAUGGUUCCCGCAGCAGUACGGAGCCAUCGCGUGUGAAGAUUUCUGACGUUCAUUACAAGAACAUUAGGGGAACCUCCACCUCAAAAGUUGCAGUCAAUUUUUUAUGCAGCUCAUCUGUCCCUUGCGAAGGAAUUGAAUUGACUAAUAUUGAUUUGAGCUACGUAGGCACUAAAGAUCCUGAAUCACCCAUAUCAGCUUCAUGUACGAAUGCUAAAGUGAAGACUAGGGGUGCACAUCCACCAGGCUGUGAAGAACUUUAG